AUGUCUACUUUUGCAACUGAGAAGCGUCCAGCGCCUGAGGACAUCAUCGGCUGCCAAGCCGCAGCCUUUGAAUGGACAGAAAGCUACGACACUAAAGACUGGACUCGUCUCGCAGGCUGUGUCGCACCCACCCUCUACCUCGACUACACCUCCGUCCUAAACAAAAAAUGGGAAUCCCUCCCCGCCCCCGAAUUCAUCGCCCUCGCCUCCUCCCCCCACUUCCUCGGCAACGCCCUAAUAAAAACCCAACACUUCAUGGGCCAAACGCGCUGGAUCUUGCACUCCGACGAAGAAAUCCGCGGCCACCACCAGAUGCGCGUUGCGCACCAGCGGUUUAAAGACGACGAGAUGAAUGAGGUGGCGUGUGUGGGACAUGCGCAUGGGGCGGCGAUUGUGCAUUAUAAGAAGGUUGAGGGGGUAUGGAAGUUUGCUGGGUUGGAGCCGGAUAUUAGGUGGAGUGAGGGGGAGUACGCGAGGAUUUUUGCUCAUGAGUAG